CAUGGGCGGCGGGGGCGGCGAGGGCCCGGCCUGCGGGUAGCGCGAGCCGGCGAGCGAGCAGCGGGCGCGGCCGCCCGAUCCCGCCAUGAAGAAGAGCGGCUCCGGCAAGCGGGGGCCUCCGGAUGGAAACCAUCACUCUGCGGCGCCCGAGAAGGUCGGCUGGGUCCGGAAAUUCUGCGGGAAGGGGAUUUUCAGAGAGAUUUGGAAAAACCGCUAUGUGGUGCUGAAAGGCGACCAGCUCUACGUCUCCGAGAAGGAGGUAAAAGACGAGAAAAAUAUCCAAGAGGUGUUUGACCUGAGCGAUUAUGAGAGGUGUGAAGAACUCCGGAAAUCCAAGAGCAGAAGCAAGAAAAACCACAGCAAGUUCACGCUGGCCCGAUGCAAGCAGCCAGGCACCACGGCCCCCAACCUGAUCUUCCUGGCGGUGAGUCCUGAAGAAAAGGAGUCCUGGAUCAACGCCCUGAGCUCUGCCAUCACCAGGGCCAAGAACCGCAUCCUGGAUGAGGUCACCGUCGAGGAAGACAGCCUCCUUGCCCACCCUACUCGAGACAGAGCUAAAAUCCAGCACUCCCGCCGCCCUCCGACUCGGGGACACCUCAUGGCUGUGGCAUCGACCUCUACCUCAGAUGGGAUGCUGACGUUAGACCUGAUCCAAGAAGAAGACCCUUCCCCUGAGGAGCCAGCCUCUUGUGCUGAGAACUUUCGGGUGGAUCUGGACAAGUCUGUGGCCCAACUGACUGGCAGUCGACGGAGAGCAGACUCUGACAGGAUCCAGCCCUCUUCACACCGGGCAAGCAGCCUUUCUCGGCCUUGGGAAAAACCAGACAAGGGAGCCACCUACACCCCCCAAGCCCCGAAGAAGUUGACCUCUAAAGAGAAGGGCCGCUGCGCCUCCCUGGAGGAGAUCCUGUCUCAGAGGGAGACUGCCCCCGCCCGCCCCCUUCACCUUCCAGCUGAGGAAUCCACAGCCCCCCUUCCCUCCCAGCCCGGGCAGCUGUCCCGCAUCCAGGACCUGGUGGCAAGGAAACUGGAGAAGACUCAGGAGCUGCUGGCCGAGGUUCAGGGACUGGGGGACGGCAAGCUGAAGGCCAAGGAGCCCCCACGGUCUCCACCCGACUCUGAGUCGGAGCAGCUGCUGCUGGAGACAGAGAGGCUGCUGGGAGAAGCGUCGUCCAACUGGAGCCAGGCAAAGAGGGUGCUGCAGGAAGUCAGGGAGCUGAGAGACCUGUACAGACAGAUGGACCUGCAGACCCCCGACUCCCACCUCAGACCGAGCUCCCAGCACAGUCAAUACCGGAAGAGCCUAAUGUGAAGGAGGAGGGCCAGGUCUGGAAUUUAGGGGGCACAGACUACUAUCUCCAAAUGUUGCAGGAUAAAGCUUUUUUUAUUUACCUCAAUCAAAAAAAAAAAAAAAAACUCAUUGCUCUUGCUGA